AUGUCGGUUAAAUCUAGCAAAUCUUGUGUAGAAUUAGCGAAACAAACCAAACCCACGUCUAGGUCGGUUCGAGGAGUUAGUCCCUCCUCGGCCCCAACAUUACGAAAGAAAGUCCUCAUGCAAAACGCAGCUUCCUCCAAAAAGGUGUCAGAAGAUACAGAUAGAAUGGAUAGGGGAAUGGCUGAGAAAGUCGAGGCCACCUCCGAAUCUGUCACCAGUAAUAUUAUUAUGGGAGAACCUAAUGAAAAAACCAAUAUAGCAACUAUGAAAACAAAGGGACCCGAAACUGCCACUGAUGAUAAUACAUCUUUUGACAUUGAAGCUGAGCUUGGUCUUCUAGGACUAUGUAAACCAGUGCACCGCACGGAUGAUGAGUGGUCAGAUGUCGAAAGUAUGGAAAUACAUGAAAUAUCAACCAAAACAAGCCAAGAUCUAUCUACUUGCAUCACUGGCGAACAACUAAGGAAAGAACACACAUACAAUAGGGAAGAAUUGGCGUCAAUAGAGAAACAAGUAAGUGGCAUCAUGGAAAAGCUUAAUGCACUUGGUUCUGACAUCAACGUCUUUAAAAAUAAUGUAGCGGACAAAGAAAGUAUUGAACACAUUGCGCUGGCUCUAAACUCAUGGAAAGAUCCUCGGAUUGAUGAUAUUGCCAAUAACAUGUCAAAUAUUAAAGAUACAAUCCGUAAUCUGCAAACACAAGUCAUAAAUCUGACAUCUCCACAGUCAACAGCUAUGGAUAGUACAUCAACAGCCAUAGAACCAGUCUUAUGUAGAUUAGACAAAAUCACUGAGGACAUAAAGGAAAUAAGAGACUACGGAGUAAGCCAAAGCGACUUUAAUGCAAGGAGUCUCUGGUGGGGGAGCAGAGCUGAGGACGAGAGGGGUUUACUUUUAUCGGAAAUGAUAGCUGAACUGGAUAUGAAUGUCUUAAAUCAGGGCAGUGACUCCACCUUUUACCAAUACCGAGGAGGAAAGUUACAUAGCAGCAUAGUUGACGUGACCUGUUGUACGUCGGCAAUCCUACAUAAGAUGGAAAGAUGGAGGGUGGACCCCGAUUUUGUCACACUAUCUGAUCAUCGAGCCAUACAGUUUCAAAUGAUAAUUAAUAUCGACAAACAGAACGUCGUGCUAAGGAAUUCCACUCGAUUAUUUAAUACAGCUAAGGCAAACUGGUCUCUCUUCAGAAACGACCUGAAAGAAAGAUUAGAAAAGGAGAACGUAAUAGAGGAUAAAAUAAAAACCAUACAAACACCAGAGGAGUUGGAUGAUAUCGUAGACACAUAUGUCAAGCAAGUAAAAUUAGCAUGCCAGAAAUCAAUACCAACUAUAUCUAAAAAUGUCUAUAAAACUUGUACACCUUGGUGGAAUGCACAGUUAGAAACAGAACGACGUAAAGUCAUACGACUUAGAAGAAAGAUAAAGUUUGCCAAUACAAGACGUAAACCGCACGUUAUUCAGGAUUUCGUGGAGGCAAAAGAAAAGUAUGUUAAUAAUAUAAUGUCAGCAAUAACCACUAGUUGGAAAGAACUUUGCACUAAACAAGAAAAAGAAACUGUAUGGCAAAGUAUAUACAGAAUAAUUAAAAGGUGUAGUGUAACUAAUGAAGACAAACUGCUGAAAUUAGGCGAUGAAAUUCUCACCGCAAAUGAGUCUGCUAUGUUAUUGGCAAAAAAAUUUCUACCCAGAUGA